GCUGACUCUUAAAUCCGCGCCCUGUAAUGGAUCUGGCGCAGAUGGUUAACUCCACUUCUAACCAUGAUCCUUUGUUCUAUAAUAGGAGGCGGCAUGGCACCUGUAAUCUGAUUUCUUUUUUUUCUCUGUUCGUAGUUCAUCAGGAUAAUUCAACAAACAAUCAGACUCUCACCUGCCUUGCCUUGCAAUGACGUCCCAAGUCGAAGGCCAGUCGGUCUAUGUCCCCGCCUACGCAAAGGAGUCCGGCCACGAAACUGCAACUACCACUUCGCUGACUUCAGUUGAGGCUGCAAAGGCUGAAUUGGCGAAUGCGAAUGAGAAGGAUAUCGCCAUGGAGACGGAUGAGAAAGAUGCCGCUGCCCUCGAUGUCGACGACAAUAAGUCUGAAGAGCUCGCCGACGACGAUGCGGCCGACUACCUCCCCAUGGGCCCUAAACUCUACCUCAUCGUCUUCAGCUUAAUGAUGGCCGUCUUCUGCGUCGCCCUCGACAACACCAUCAUCGCCGUCGCCAUCCCCCGCAUCACAGAUCAAUUCCACAACCUCAACGACGUCGGCUGGUACGGUUCCGCCUACCUCCUAACCACCUGCUCCUUCCAGCUCCUCUUCGGCAAGUUCUACUCCAUGUUCAACGUCAAAUGGGUGCUCCUCACCGGCCUCGCCAUCUUCGAGAUCGGCUCCCUCGUCUGCGCCCUCGCCCCCACCUCCAUGGCCCUCAUUAUCGGCCGCGCCGUCGCCGGCGUCGGUAGCGCUGGUAUCUUCACCGGCGCCCUUGUCGUCCUCGCGCACACCGUCCGCGUCGAGAGACGCCCCGCAUUCUUCGGUCUCAUCGGCGCUAUGUACGGUAUUGCCUCUGUCGCUGGCCCGCUCAUGGGCGGCGCAUUCACAGAGAAGCUCACCUGGAGAUGGUGUUUCUACAUCAACCUCCCCAUCGGCGCCGUCACCACCGUCGGACUCCUCGCCUUCCUCAAGCUCAAGCCCAAGCCAAAGCGCAAGGAGCAGUCUUUCUGGAUCACCUUCAAGCACCUCGAUCCUCUCGGAACCGCUAUUUUCGUACCUGCUAUCAUCUGUCUCCUCCUCGCUCUGCAGUGGGGUGGCGUGAUCUACGAGUGGGGUAACGGCCGCAUCAUCGCCUUAUUCGUCCUCUUCGGCCUCACAAUCAUGGUCUUCAUCGGUCUCCAGAUCUACCUCAAAGACGACGCCACCGUCCCCGCGCGCAUCGCCUCCCAGCGCACCAUCGCCUCCUCAGUCCUCUUCGGUCUCUGCAUCGGCGGUUCCUUCUUCAUCUACGUCUACUUCAUCCCCAUCUGGUUCCAGGCCAUUCUAGGAACCAGCGCCAUCGGCGCUGGCGUCGACUCCCUCCCCCUCAUCCUCGCACAGGUCUUCGCUAUCAUCGUUUCCGGCGGCCUCGUCACCUACUUCGGCUACUUCGCACCCUUCUUCAUUGCUAGCAGCGUCGUCAUGUCCAUUGGUGCCGGUCUGCUCACCCUUCUUAAAGUCGACUCCUCGAAGGGCGCGUGGGUCGGGUUCCAAUUCAUCUACGGUCUCGGCGUGGGUCUCGGUUUCCAACAGGGUGGCGUCGCUGCUCAAGCCGUGUUGAAAUUCUCCGAUGUCCCGAUUGGCACCGCAGUCGUUCUCUUCGUCCAGAUCCUGGGUGGAGCAGUCUUCGUCGGCGUAGCGCAGAAUCUCUUCACCACCAACCUGGUUAAGAACCUUACUGCGCUCCACAUCCCGAACUUCGACCCGAAUGAUAUUGUCCACGCCGGCGCGACGAACUUGCGCCACAUGGUUGCCCCGGAGAGACUCCCAGAGGUGCUGGUAGCGUAUAAUGCGGCGAUUAUGAAGACAUUCCAGCUUGGUUUGAUUCUGAGCUGUUUGAGCAUCCUCGGUGCCGUUGGGGUGGAGUGGAAGAGUAUGAAGGCUAAGCCUGCUGCUAGCCCUGUUGAGAAGGCGGAGAAGGCUGAGUCGGUCAAGGCUGCUGAGGUUGAUACUGUGGUUUAAUUUCCACUCAUUUUUUUUAGGCUAUCUGCCUGCCAUUUUCUUUUUUUUGUGUUUAUAGAGCGGGUUUUUGGUUCACAUAUAUCCCUUGGGUUACAUUUUUAUUUGUGUAAUUUCUUUGGCGGGUAGAAUGGGUUCGUUGGGUGAAGAAGGGGAUGGGCGUAUUUGGGGGCAUUGGGUAAUAGGGGUUUAGGGGGCUAACAUAUCCACUCUAAUGGCGGGGUUUUACAUAGAUGGGGGUUAUAUAAUAUGGAAAGAAAAGA